UGGCUUCCGGCGCCAGGCCCGGCGUUGGCUCAGUUCAGGCCGAAUGGCGGCCCCGCUGCUUCACACGCGCUUGUCGGGCGAUGUGGCGACAGCGGCCUCUGCCACGCUGAGUGCGUCGCGGACCGGGCUUUCCGAUAGACUUCCGUUAGAGAGUGAUUUCUUCAAUUCUCCUCCGAGAAAAACUGUUCGGUUUGGCGGAACUGUGACAGAAGUCUUAUUGAAAUACAAAAAGGGUGAAACAAAUGACUUAGAGUUGUUGAAGAACCAGCUGUCUGAUCCUGAUAUAAAGGAUGACCAGAUCAUUAACUGGCUACUAGAAUUUCGUUCCUCUGUCAUGUACUUGACAAAAGACUUUGAGCAACUUAUAAACAUCAUAUUGAGACUGCCCUGGUUGAAUAGAAGUCAGAGAGUGGUGGAGGAGUAUUUGGCUUUUCUUGGGAAUCUUGUGUCAGCACAGACUGUCUUCCUUAGACCAUGUCUCAGCAUGAUUGCUUCUCAUUUUAUACCUCCUCGAGUAAUCGUCAAGGAAGGUGGCAUAGAUGUUUCAGAUUCUGAUGACGAAGAUGACAAUCUUCCUGCAAAUUUUGACACAUGUCACAGAGCCUUGCAAAUAAUAACAAGAUAUGUCCCAUCGACACCAUGGUUUCUAAUGCCAAUACUGGUGGAGAAAUUCCCGUUUGUGAGGAAGUCCGAGAGAACACUGGAAUGUUAUGUUCAUAACUUGUUAAGGAUAAGUUUAUAUUUCCCAACUUUGAGGCGUGAAAUUCUGGAGCUUAUUAUUGAAAAGUUAAUCAAGUUAGAUGUGAGUGUAUCGCGGCAGGAUAUUGAAGAUGCUGAAGAGACAGCAGCUCAGGCUUGUGGUGGGACAGACACCUCAGAAGGACUGUUUAAUAUGGAUGAAGAUGAGGACACUGACCCUGAGAAGAAAGCUGACCAGGAGCGGCCUAGCCAGAUGGCUCAUCCCAUUGCAGAGCGCCUGGACAUCCUGCUGUGCUUGCUGCUGUCCUACAUUGACGAUGUCUGCCGUGUGCAUGGUAAAAUUGAUAACAAUAAAACAAAGGAUUUAUACCGUGAUCUGAUAUCCAUCUUUGACAAACUUCUGUUGACCACACAUGCUUCCUGCCAUGUACAGUUCUUCAUGUUUUUCCUCUGCAGCUUCAAAUUGGGAUUUGCAGAAGCAUUUUUGGAACAUCUCUGGAAAAAGUUGCAGGAUCCAAAUAACCCUGCCAUCAUCAGGCAAGCUGCUGCAAAUUAUAUUGGGAGCUUUUUGGCCAGAGCUAAAUUUAUUCCUCUUAUCACUAUAAAGUCAUGCCUGGAUCUCUUGGUUAACUGGCUACACAUGUACCUUAAUAACCAGGAUUCGGGAACAAAGGCUUUUUGUGAUGUUGCACUCCAUGGACCAUUUUAUUCAGCCUGCCAAGCUGUGUUCUACACUGUUGUUUUUAGACAUAAGCAGCUUUUGAGUGGGAACUUGAAGAAAGGUCUACAGUAUCUUCAGAGUCUAAAUCUUGAACACAUUGUGCUGAGCCAGCUGAACCCCCUGAAGAUCUGCCUGCCGCAAGUGGUUAAUUUCUUUGCUGCUAUCACAAAUAAAUACCAGCUGGUGUUCUGCUACACCAUCAUGGAGAGGAACAGUCGCCAGAUGCUCCCUGUUAUCCGGAGUACGGCUGGUGGAGACUCCGUGCAGACCUGCACCAACCCGCUGGACACUUUCUUUCCCUUCGACCCUUGUGUGCUUAAGAGGUCGAAGAAGUUCAUUGAUCCUAUUUAUCAGAUUUGGGAAGACGGGAGUGCUGAAGAGCGGCAGGAGUUUAAGAAAUCUACUAAAAAGGAGCUAGUGGAGGAUGAAGACGAUGACUUUUUGAAAGGCGAAGUGCCCCAGAGUGACACAGUGACCGGCCUUACUCCAGGCUCCUUUGACACCCACUUCCGAAGUCCUUCCAGUAGUGUGGGCUCCCCUCCUGUGCUGUACAUACCAGACCAGUCCCCACUCCUCACAGGGAUCUGUGAUUGAGCUGUGCGAUUCUCCCCAGGGCCCUGUGCUCCACCACUGUCCCCACACUGGACUAGUCUAUGCCUCAUGUGUCCAGCUUCCAUGUUGGACUUCGACCAGCAUCUGAAGGGACCCGGGUUGUGUGUGCUUGCAGUUUGCUCCCUGUGGACAUAAGGAAAAACUGAGUGUCAUGUGCAGUAUUUCACAGUGGACACAGCAGUCUGUACCUAUAGCCUGCUGGCCUCAUGCUGUAUCAGCCACAACCUGGCAGGUGGCCUUGACAGGCGUCUUUUUAUUAGAACCACAGUCACAUGACUCUGUUGAUCUUGUUUUGGUGAGCUAUCCUCCAGGAUCAGCACUGCCUGUGAAUACUGUUUUUGUUUUUGGGUUUUUUAAUUUUUUGGUUUUUUUGAGACAGGGUUUCUCUGUAUAGCCCUGGCUG